AUGGCAGAGACGUCGUGCUCCUCGAGCUCGCACACCACGGCAUCGACACCGCUCAGCAGGUGUCGACGCUCCACCUCAGACCUGACCGACCUGAUGGAGGAGCCACCAUCCUCCCCAGGACCCCACGUUGGUCGAUCCCAGUCAUCGUCUCGCCGACAGAGCAUCAGCAGGCCGCGCUCACCCUCCGUGGCCGGCACGUCAGGAUCGCGGUCGGGCCUUGCUUACCUGGCCUCGCGCCGCAGCAGCCGCGAUUCGCAGGCGUCCGAGGAACUCGGCCCGCUAGCCUUCAACAGGUACCGACAACGCAGGACCUCAAAUUUCCUAGAGUUGCCAGUGCCAGACCACGUACGGCCACGCGUGUGCAGUUUGCCAGAGAAACCGUACAACCCUCGCUCAGGGGAUGACAUUUAUCGACUGCGGACCUUCAGCAUCACCAACAAGGGGGUAGUCAACUGCGGCGACUCGUUCAUAUCACGCAGAUCCAAAUCAAACACCAGCGUCAAUUCUGCAUCGAGCAGACACAGCAAUGCGAGUGGCGUGAGUCCUGGAGAGCGGUCGCCCUUUGAGGGAUCGUGCUGCGGAUCAAGCUAUGUCAGCUCCGAGGCAAGUGGGGCCGACGUAACUAAGCACCGCGUGGUGCUGCUGGGCGACGCAGGUGUCGGCAAGACGGCCCUCGUGUCGCAGUUCAUGACCUCCGAGUACAUGAACACUUACGACGCCUCCCUAGAUGACGAGUUUGGCGAGAAAUCGGUGUCUGUUCUUCUGGACACGGAGGAGUCUGAAAUCAUAUUUAUCGAUCACCCGAGCAGUGAGAUGUCGGUCGAAAAUUCAUUGUCGACUUAUGAACCUCACGCUUGCGUCGUGGUUUAUUCCGUGACGGACAGGGCGUCGAUCAAAGUUGCUGAAGAUAUUCUGCAUUAUUUGUGGAGGCAGAAUUUCACUCAAGAAAAGUCUGUAAUUCUGGUUGGCAACAAGGCUGAUCUUGCUCGGGCUCGAGUUGUGCCUACGAUAGAGGGAAAAUCGCUUGCAAGCUCACUGAAUUGUAAAUUCAUCGAGACGUCGAGUGGUUUGCAGCACAACGUUGAUGAGCUGCUGGUUGGCAUAUUGAAGCAAAUUCGACUUAGAGAAAACCGCGACAAGAAGCAGAAGCAGCGCCAGGGUAGCACAAAAAGCACAGGGAGCAAAGGCAAGAAAAGCUUGUAUGGCUCAAAAACCACACUUUCACUGAACAUCGCACGUGAGAUUCUGAAUAAAAUGUGUAUCAAUGAUCCAAAGUCAAAGUCAUGUGAGAAUUUGCAUGUUCUCUAAACAAACUGCUCUAAAAACGCAACAAAUUACCUACGUCGUGAAAGAUAUUUCAUUUCGCACUCUUUCAAAAAGACUUCAUAUAUGUUAUAGCGUAGAAAAUAAUUUUGAUUCGGCUGAGGUAUUUCCUUGUUUCAACUAUGAGUUGCUUGUUUCCACUGAUCUCUACCAGUUUUAACUAUCCUGCUCAUCAUGAAAAUAGAAACUUAUACAACUAAUAUAUUGCGUAGAAAUUAUAUGAAUAUCCUCAAAGGAAUUUAUAUCCUUUUGAAUGAUUAAUGAUCUCAUGAAUGGCCUUCUUUCAAGAAAAAUUUUCAAUGCCUCCUUCAAAUUUUUAAAAUCGGAUCAUUGAUUUAAGAGUUAAAAAUGUUCCAUAUCUGAAUAAGUAUCUUCAUGCUGAUGUGAUGCUUACAGCAAUUACUUGAUUCUAAAAAAAUCUGAUGAAAAAAAGAAAACUGCUAACACAGCUGAAUGCAAAUCCAGAAAUGAGAUUUCAUCAGCGAAGUAGGUUUCCAAACAGCCUAAAAGAUGUUGCAUAUAUGUGUGGGGAAUUGAUGUUAAUAUGUGCUAAAAUAAUGUUAUCUCAAAAUUAUGAAGGCAGCAAAGAUUGGCUUUUCAUGGGCAUUGAUAAAACAGAAGAUUGUAAUAUGUAAAAUUGUCAUUAAAAAUUUAUUUUGUCUCUUAUAUGUAUAUAUAAAGGAUGCAACUGCAUCCAGUGUAUUAUUUAACAUUGUCACAGUCAAAAAUAUUGUUGAAAGGCACAAACAAUUAUUCAGCUGCAUUUUCUAUUAAAUUACAUUUCUGUGCUACUUAAAAAGUAAUUCAGUCUUCUUCCAUGGAUGGAUUAUUGUUAUUUACAUAUUAUAUUUUGUAUACACAUUAAAUUACAAUCUACAGAUGGCUUUGUUUGUAUUUUCAUAAUACGAAAGGCUUGUAAUAUGAGAAAUAUAUCAAUGUCAAUAUUUAAAAUUAGGCACAAUAGGCAUUUUUUAGACAGAUAAAAAUAAUUCAAAUUACCAAUGUCAGUUUUUGUAAGUACUUUUUCUAUCCUUGAACCAAGUGAUAGCGGCCCUGUCAAUAGACUUGUAUGGUUUGUUUAUAUAUGGCGUGUACUGUGAUAAUCCUAAUACAGAGCAUAGACAAAUAAAUAGAGUAUUUGAUGUCAUAUCAUUUGUACAAAAUUUUACAGCUGUGUUUCAUGGUGGUCCCUAAAGCCAUAUCCACGAUAGUUUUGGUAAUAUGGUCUACUUUUUACUG